AUGGUGAUGGAAUCUCUGAAGAAAGUCAUCAGAAAGCUAGCUCUCCUCGUGUACUUCAGAAUUGUCAUCACUGGCUCUGGUUGUCAUGGUUACCAGGUGUUUGAAUAUUCAUUCGAGACUCACACCUGUAAGGACACGCCACACGUCUUAAACCCUCUAAAUGCAGAGGUCAUUCUACUCUCCUAUCAUGGAGGAGACAUAAGAUGCCACCAGAUUGCAUUUUCUGCACUUUCUGACCCCGACCUUGUGACCUUUGAACUGAUGAUCAAUUCCCUGUAUCAUGAGGAUCCCGACUGUUCUACUUCCUUGAUGUACAAGGCACUGAGAGAUGCUGAACCAUUGACGUCUUAUAACUGUAGUAGACUUGCAGAAGAAAAAUAUUUCAUUCAAAUGAGGAGAAACUCAACCUUCUACGUUGAAGUACAAACUCAUAAGCCUAACACAGAACGGUCCCGAUUUAAACUUAAGCUGAUACCACGGGAUGCUGUUUUCAAAUCUGAGGACACGAUCGGAAUAAUAGCAGGAGGAACAAUAGGGAGCUUGCUACUCAUAAGUCUGAUCGGGUUCGGGGUUUGUAUUUUUAGGAAAAGACAAAACCAGCAUAAGACCACAAAGAAUGAGAAAAUAUCUAGUAAGGAAAAUGGAUUUACAUAG